AUGGACGGAGACCCGCACGUCGAGCCGGAGCUGGACUCCUUUACGCGCUGGCUACCGCUGCCCUACCGCGUCGCCGUCAUCAUAGUACUGGGCGUCUGGGCAUGGGGGGCCAAUCUCCACUACCUGUUCCUCAUCCGCAUUGAUGUCCCGUCCCUGAUCAAAUACCCGGGCCGCCCGUCUGCAACGCACCCGCCCCAUCAUCUCUCCACCUAUCGCCUUGCCGCGCUGCUCACCAUCCCGCUGCUCAUCUCCCUGUUUCUCUUCUGGACCAUCACACAUGGAGACCCUACGCGCGUCGUGGAUUGGGAGCUUCUCCCAAACCUUUAUCUGGUGGUCAUGGUGCUCUGCGUAGUGUUGCCCUGGCACUCGCUCUCGCGGUCAGGCCGCUUCCGCUUCAUGGCAACCCUCAAGCGCAUCAGCAUUGGCGGCAUCGCCGAGGCGCAGGACGGAAAGUUCGGUGACAUCUUGAUGGCUGAUGCUCUGACGUCGUAUGCCAAAGUGCUCGGCGACCUCUUCGUCACGCUUUGCAUGAUGUUCUCGUCCUCCCGGCACUCGACUGGCAAGCCCGAGCGCAGCUGCGGCGGCGCCUUCUGGGUGCCGUUCAUCAUCAGCAUUCCCAGUCUGAUCCGGCUGCGGCAGUGCUUGAUUGAGUUCCUGCGCGUGCGCCGCACCAACGCGCGCAGCGGCAGCAUUGGAGCCCACGGCUGGGGCGGCCAGCACCUGGCCAACGCGCUCAAGUACUCCAGCGCAUUCCCGGUCAUAAUCCUCAGUGCCCUACAGCGCGGCUACGACCCCGCCUCUUUCGGCAUGUCCGAGGCCGGCCUUUUCCGCCUCUGGCUCGCAGCGGUCUUAGUGAACUCGUUCUACUCAUUCUACUGGGACGUCGCAAAGGAUUGGGACCUUACGCUGUUUUCCUCCGAGCGGAGCAACCCCGAGCAUCCGUGGGGCCUGCGUCACCAACGUUGGUUCCAUGCCCCGCAGAUGUACUACACGGUGGUCGUUGUGGACUUCUUCCUUAGGUGCACCUGGAGCAUCAAGCUUAGCCCGCAUCUGGACCAUUUCAACGAUCUCGAGGGUGGCAUUUUCGUGAUGCAACUUUUGGAGGUUUUUAGGAGAUGGGUCUGGAUCUUCUUCAGAGUAGAAACCGAGUGGACCCGUAAUAAUCGCGGCCCAGCGCCUGACGACAUCCUUCUCAGUGACUUCCACCAUCACAAUGGCCACAAGUUCGACGACGACGAUUGA